GUGCUACCAUUCAGACAUCUUGCAUUUUACUAAAUCUGGUUUUGGAGAUUUUUCCUCAUUAAACAUAUACUUUAUCUUUAUCUACAUAUAUAUAUUCUCGGUAGAAACAGGCUUCCUUUGGGGUCCUUUGAACCGAGAUUCCUCCGAGCUAACAGAUGUAAGGCGGUCGGACCGAGCCUCGCGUGCCAAUCCCGCGGAGUUUAGACGCUUUCUCACGGGCUGCUCUCGCCGUAUUGUGCGUCAUCUCCAUCGCUGCCGUUUUGUUAUUUUUCUCCAGCGAGGAAACAUGGCAACUCCCGCCGCGGUCAACCCGUCCGAGAUGGGCAGUGAGUUGCCGGGGACCGUCGCCAUGCCGGGGGCCGUUGGAGCCGGUCAGGUGAGGAUGGGAGGAGCUGUGCCAGGCCGCGGGGGGAAGAGGAGGUCAGGAGGAAUGGACUUUGACGAUGAAGACGGAGAGGGACCGAGCAAAUUCUCAAGAGAGAACCACAGUGAGAUUGAACGACGCAGGCGUAACAAAAUGACGCAGUACAUCACGGAGCUGUCAGACAUGGUCCCCACCUGUAGCGCGCUGGCCAGGAAACCUGACAAACUGACCAUCCUGCGCAUGGCUGUGUCCCAUAUGAAGUCCAUGAGGGGCACUGGCAACACGUCCACUGACGGGGCCUACAAGCCCUCCUUCCUCACCGAACAGGAACUGAAGCAUCUCAUCCUGGAGGCGGCGGACGGCUUCCUCUUUGUUGUUGCCGCGGAGACGGGCCGGGUGAUCUACGUGUCGGACUCGGUGGCGCCGGUGCUGAACCACCCCCAGGCGGAGUGGUUCGGCAGCACUCUGUACGAGCAGGUCCACCCCGACGACGUGGACAAGCUGAGGGAGCAGCUCAGCACCUCGGAGAACUCCAUGACAGGACGGAUUUUGGACCUGAAGACAGGGACAGUGAAGAAGGAGGGGCAGCAGUCCUCCAUGAGGAUGUGCAUGGGCUCCCGACGCUCCUUCAUCUGCCGCAUGAGGUGCGGUAGUGCUCCCCUGGAUCACAUCUCCCUAAACCGACUAUCUAACAUGAGGAAGAGAUACAGGAAUGGCCUUGGACCCUCAAAAGAAGGAGAGGCUCAGUACUCUGUGGUGCAUUGCACUGGCUACAUCAAAGCCUGGCCCCCUGCAGGUAUGACGAUCCCAGAAGAAGACACAGAGGCAGGUGCGACUGGAAAAUACUGCCUAGUGGCCAUCGGACGACUGCAGGUGACCAGCUCUCCGGUCUCCAUGGACAUGAACGGCCUGUCGGUGCCCACAGAGUUCCUGUCGCGCCACAACUCAGACGGUGUCAUCACCUUCGUGGACCCGCGCUGCAUCAACGUGAUUGGCUAUCAGCCUCAGGACCUGCUGGGGAAAGACAUCCUGGAGUUCUGCCAUCCUGAGGACCAGAGUCACCUGAGAGAGAGCUUCCAGCAGGUGGUGAAGCUGAAGGGCCAGGUUCUCUCCGUCAUGUACCGCUUCAGGAUGAAGAACAGGGAGUGGAUGCUGAUCAGAACCAGCAGCUUCACCUUCCAGAAUCCCUACUCUGACGAGAUCGAGUACAUCAUCUGCACCAACACCAACGUCAAGCAGCUGCAGCAGCAGCAGCAGGCGGAGCUGGAGGUGCACCAGAGAGACGGACUGACGGCCUACGACCUGUCCCAGGUGCCUGUGGCCGGUGUCAGCAGUGGAGUCCACGAGGCGGGGAAGAACAUCGACAAGACAGAAGUGCUGUUCUCCCAGGAGAGAGACCCCCGCUUCGCAGAGAUGUACAGCGGCAUCUCCGGCUCUGCAGAUAAGAAGAUGAUGGUCCCCUCCGCCACAGCUGGAGGACAGCAGCUGUACUCCCAGAGCUCCCCCUUCCAGCAGGGACACUCUGGGAAGAGCUUCAGCUCCUCAGUGAUCCAUGUCCCCGGUGUCAACGACAUACAGCCAUCAGGCUCGUCCAAUCAGAAUCUAGCUCAGAUCUCCAGACAGCUAAACCCAGGCCAGGUGGCAUGGUCAGGCAACCGCCCCCCCUUCUCUGGACAGUCCAGUAAAGCCCAGUCCAGCCCCUUUGGGAUUGGUUCUGGCCACAGCUACCAGACGGACCCCGCCUCCUACAGCCCGCUGUCGUCUCCGGCCACUUCCUCCCCAAGCGGCAACGCCUACUCAGGACUGACCAACCGCAGCACAGCUUUUGAUGUGUCGGGGGAGGGCAGUCAGAGUGGAGCUCAGUUCCAGGGCCGUCCCAGCGAGGUGUGGUCCCAGUGGCAGAACCAGCACCACAGCCAGCAGGCGGGGGAGCAGCACACACACCCCAACCCCAGCCAGACAGAGGUGUUCCAGGACAUGUUACCCAUGGCUGGAGACCCCACCCAGGGAACAGCCAACUACAACAUAGAGGACUUCGCUGACCUCGGCAUGUUCCCCCCCUUCUCUGAGUAACACCCCCUUUCCCAUCCCCACCCUCAGAACUGGACUGAUGUCUCAUCGUUGUCUCAUGUUUCUUUAUUGCUGGAUCCACACAGCUGAUGUGCAGCACAGUGAAUGUCUGCGUCUCUUUUCAAACACACUUCACUUAUCAAGCCUGCAGUCUGUAUCUAUGACCAUACACAUACCUCAUCUCUGCAGGCAGGUGGGGGGGCACAUCCGUCAUCCUGCAUCACUCCCUGUGUGUGAGGCUGCUGAACACAUGCUGAGGAGCUCCUGCAGUCCAGAGGUCGGAACAUUAAAUAACUCGUCAGAGACUAGUUUAUUACUAUUUGACUUCCUAUUUUUCAGAUUUGACAAAGCAAAAAUUCCAAAAAGAUGAUCCUGAAAUCCUUUCAGUCAGCGGUUCAUGUCUGCAAGCAUCUGCACCGAGAACCAAAAUGUACGAGUGUUCCAACAAAUAGCCUGCACCCACUGAUGUAGACGAGUCUCCACUGCUGUCUGCGUCCACAUCUGUUCGGAGUAUAUCAUGUUUUCAGGAUUCCAUAAUAACUCAAAAAUUUGAAAAAACGAAUUUAUAAGUCAUUCCUCCCUUAUGCUGUGUGCUGUGCAGUCACUGGCAGAGUGGUGCCAAGCAUUAACACCAGUGCGGUCACCAUGACACUCAGAGUCCCUCAGCAUGUCACUACAUACGUCUAACUGACGGUGUUCAUGUAGAGCUGACACUUGCACAGCAACUUUACAUUCCAUUUCAAAAAGGCUAAAUAAAAGCAUCAAUCACUGCUUAUCUGUGGAGGGACUUAGAACUCGAGAGAAGUUGCACAAAUCUUGCUCAACUGUGUGUGAGGAAACAACAUUGGCGUGCAAAUUGAGAACUGUUCUUAAAGAGGCUCAUUCUGCUUUUCUGCUUCCCUUCCUGCAGUGUGUUCUAAAGGUUUGUGUGCAUGUUAAUGGUCUGCAAAGGCUCAAAUCCCUCAGAGGUGCUGCAGCACAGGCAGUAUGAGAGAGAUAAAGAGCUUUCUGAACAUCAAAGCAUGGAGACAUGUCACAGGAGAGACACUACAUACUGAUAUGAACCUGAAAAGAGCAGAAUAAGUCCUCUUUAAAAGAAGAGUUCAAGAGAAGUACUGCAGCUCUAUGCCAUGCUUAAAGAGCGGAGUAUGUGUAUCAUCACAGUUAGUAAAGUGUUUGUGUCGGCACUCUCUUUACUUCUAAGCAGGAUUGUGUUACAGUGCUAAGCUAGCAUGUUAAUACACACACAAAACACACUGAGUCACACAUCUGACCUGCUGAGGUCAUCAGUCAUAGCUCCCACGUGCAUAAUGUGACACAGUGUUACUGAGCGAUGUCAUCAGAGCCAAAAUCAUGUUGGAAUUCAGUCAUAAAUAACUAUCGUGUGCACAUACUGUAUAAAACCAACGACAGAGAAACAGUCAGCAGUAUCAGCCUGCUGAAAACUAAGUGCAGCCUCCCACAGACCAACAGGCCCCCCCCACCUGCUCUGCUGAUGCCUGCAGUGAUUGUACAGUCAGUUCUGAUGUAUUGCCAAUCCCUGCACUCAGUGGCGUAACAAGGUUGUGAUUGGCCCCGGUGCAAAUAUUGUUCUGGGGCCCCCAUCGCCCCAAACAUAAGCGCACGCUGAUGCGCUCACACACACACGGACAUACACAACCACUCAGAAGCGCCACAUGUAUAGGCUAUCAACAACAGCCUGCCCUGGCCUCAGACCACCAC